CUGGUGUGCGUGAGAGUGUGUGUGUGUGCGAAAACAGAGUAAAAACAAUUGCGCGACAAGAAAUCCAAAUAUCAUUAAAUAUUACGUAGCUUCAGUUAAGUAAACGUCUUUCAGCCAACCACUAGUCGUCGGCGGUGUCCUGCGAAUAUCGAAAGGUCCGAAACAGAGGUGUUAGCGUUACAAAAAGGACCUCAGCCCCUCCCACACAGCCACCAUGAUGAGCCUGCUCGGGCGCCCCGAUGUGGAUGCGGGCGAAGUGUUCGUCAACUUCAACCAGAACAUAACUUCUCUGGCCGUGGCCACCAGCGGCGGCUACAGCCUGUACAGCCUGGGAUCCGUGGACUCCACUCUGGACAAGAUCUACCACACAAGGAGCGACGAGCUUUUCCUCAUCGAGCGUCUAUUUGAGAGUUCCCUUGUGGCUAUAGUUUCCCAGCGAGCUCCGCGCAAGCUGAAGGUGUGCCACUUCAAGAAGCAGAGCGAGAUCUGCAAUUACUCGUAUGCAAACACAAUUCUGGCGGUGAAGCUUAAUCGCGAGCGGUUGAUCGUGUGCUUGGAGGAGUCGCUGUAUAUCCACAACAUCCAGGACAUGAAGGUGGUACACACCAUACGCGACACGCCGUGCAAUCCCCAGGGCCUGUGCGCCCUCUCCUCCUCCUCGGAGCACUGCUACUUGGCCUAUCCGGGCAGCGUGACCGCCGGCGAGGUUCAGAUCUUUGAUGCCAUCAACUUGCACGCCAAGACCAUGAUUCCCGCCCACGACACACCGCUGGCGGCUCUGGCCUUUAGUCCCUCGGGCACGGAGAUUGCCACGGCCAGCGAGCGCGGCACGGUGAUCCGGGUCUUCAGCUCUCAGGACGGCAGCCGGCUCUUUGAACUGCGACGGGGACUGAAGCGUUGUGUGUCCAUCGUUUCGCUGUCGUUCAGCACGUGCGCCGAGUAUCUGGUGUCCAGCUCCAACACGGAGACGGUCCACAUCUUCCGGCUGGAUCGUAGUGCCACGGAGACGGCCGAAGGCCAUGGCGGAAAACAGUCGAGCGACGACUGGAUGGGUUACUCGUUUUUUAGAUUCUUGAGCAAAACGGUCACCAGCUACCUGCCCACGCAGGUGACCGACGUGUUUAGCCAGGGCCGGGCCUUUGCCUCGGUCACUUUGCCGGAGGCGGGAGUGCGAAGGAUGUGCGCCAUUACCACGAUACAGAAGCAGCUAAGACUGCUGAUUGCCUCGCAGGAUGGGUACUUGUACGUGUACUCCAUUCCCACCGUCGAGGGCGCAGAGUGCCAGCUGAUAAAGAGGCACGACCUGCGGCUGGAGGACCACUACGCCAUGGAUAUCAAAGUUGAUUCACCUCAAACUCUAGGCCUGAACAGUGGCGUGAGCAUCGGCGGAGCAGCCGGCGUUCCGCCCGGUGGUGCAGGUGCAGUCGGAGCAAGCGCCGGCGGGAGUGGUAGUGAUGGCAAGUCGGCGGCUCCUGUUUCCGGUGGUGGUGGUGGCGACAAACCGGGCGGCUCUUAUGCGUCGGCCGUGAAGGGAGACGAGCCAGCCGGACCCUCCUCCUCCUCCGCCUAGACAAGGAUAAUGAUCAAAAACACAAGAGAUGCAGAGAUGGUAAACGAAACUCACUCCUCAAAGUACUAUGGACGAUGAUGCAAAGUGAUUGCGAUGAUGCUUGGCGACUGGCGACGGCGGCGAUGAUGAUGAUGAUUUAGCGACGGUGGCUCUGUGGCGUCAAGCGUAUUUAAGUAAAUAAAUAGGUCAUAGACUUAAUUUAGCUCUUAACGUUGUCAGCGAUGAUUCUUCCUCGUUUUGUACCAGCAACAAUUCCUUUGUACCGCCUCCCCUACCCAAGCAAUUUUUUAGUUUUAAGCCCCGUUCCUGGCGCUGCCAUUGGAAUAGGAAAUGCUUUUGUCAUACACUCCUAAGUUAGUUGUUAAUUAAUAAUUUAAAACGAUUUAUAGAUUGGCUUUGAUAUUUGAGUUGCCUGCUUUUUAUAUAAAAUAAACGGCCUUUGCAAAUUA